CAGAGAGAGAGAGGGGAAGAGGGAGAGAGGUACAGAGGGAGGUACAGCAGUGAGAAGGAGUGGGAGGAAUAAAGAGCGAGAAAGGGAGACAGCGCAGUGCUGGGCGGCAGGGGGAAUGAGUGUGAGGGAGAGAGAGGGGGGGGAGACAGGAAGCGCGCCACAGCCACUGAGCCAGAGACGCAGGGAGAGGAAGACAGAGAGGCCAUGAGCAGCAGAGAGGGCAACAGGGGGAAGCAGUAAGGAUCACAGCACGCUAAGACGGAGCGUGAGGGGGUAGGACCGGGAAGAGAAAGAGAGAAAAAACAAAGGGAUACAAUCAGAAACAGGCUUGGACAGGAAAGGGGAGCGAGUGGGUGGGGGUCUGAGGAGAAAUAAGCGGAAGAAAGUUUUCGAGAGAGAGGAAAAGAGCGGGAGAGGGAGAAGUCAAUGAGAAAAACAUUCCAUGUGAAUGUCAAGGGCGGGAAGCAGGAGGGGGAAAAAAGCUAAUUCUUUAAGGAGUCUUCCUCUGUGGCUGCUGGACUGCUUCCAUCAUGUUCUCAGACACCAGAGCGCCUGCGGAGCACAGAGGCUUUCAGCACAGCAACCCUCAUCUCAACCUCUGGCUCCACAAUAGAUUCAGGGCCCAUCACAGUGACAUGGGACUCAAUGGGCAGCGCAGGCGGACUGAUCCCAACCUUACCUAUCCCAACAGAGCCAAAGAGGUAGGCUUUAAAUCACAAGAGGUAAUCAACAAUAUACAUGGGAAGGAAAGGAUGGGUCCCCAUUUGAAUGGACUGGAACUGGAAGAGCUAGAUUUAAGAAGCCAAGAGGGCAGUCCUUCCAGGUGGAGCCAGGUCCUGUCUCCAGAGCCAGGCCUGAGACACAGCGCAUCUGUCAGGGACCACUACACAGAACGCUCCUUUGUUUGGAACCACCACCAGACGUUACCACACCCCUCAGUCAGGAACUACGUGACUUCCCCCGCUCCACCAACACAGUUCAAAGGUCAAGACGGCUGUAAAGUGCCUGUUUGUUUGGAGGAACAGCUUUGGGGUUACCCCAGACAGACCUGUCAGAGGAACCUUCAUAAAUCCAGCUGGGUGGAUUCAGCCACAGCCACACAGGGCUUACCCAGACACCAGAGUUUCGGUUCUACCUUGAGAUCCACCCCCAAAAAAGUCAGAAACAUCCAGAGAGACUUGACUAGACCAGUAGGCGGAGCAGAGACCAGAAGAGAACAGAAAUACUUGACUAAACCUGUGGAGGGUUACAAUGGACCCAGCUCUCUGCAUGAGGUCAUAUUCUCUACAGAGGUUCCUCAGAGAAAUAUGGGAGGUCCCACUCUCCGACCCCAGCAGGGUCCCAGUAAGCCCUGUCCCAUCCCAGAGGAUGUCCAGACCAGGCCCGCCAGUGGCCACCAUGGCUCCAGGAGAGGGCCAGGGCUGACUGGGUCGAAGAGGAGCCACCGGAAGGUGGUCCGGGAUCAGAUCCGGAGAGUGGUGGAGAACCUGGAGGAGGUUCUAGGAGGCCUGAAGGACAUCCAUCAGGAGAUGAAGGAGGUGGUGCAGCAGAUUGAGCUGCUGACCUCGUCCAUUGACCUGAGUGAAGGGGAAGCCAGCCCCAGCCUGCCCAGUGACAGUAGCUCCACCUCCAGUGGAGUCGUGAUGGGCAGUAGCCAUCAGAGGCCCAGGGGCCCAGGGGGUGAGGAGACCAGGCAGGGGGACGCAGCUCUGUCCUCCGUCAUCAGGACUAACUCACCCCAGCGUCACAACCCUGCCUCCAGCCCGGUCUGCCUCCUCCACCAACUUGCUCCCAGGCCUCACAGGAGUAGCCCUGUUCGCCCUCCCACCCCUGGUCUGUCCCCCAUCAGUACCAACCCACCUCACCCCAACACCCAUGAUCCCUCAGUCAAGAGCAAGAGUUUACAUUACCCCCUCAACCCUGCCUCUAACUCUGCUCUGUUUCACAUCCUUGGACUUUCCCCCCAUGAAAUAAGUCCCCCUCCUCACCCCUCUGCUCUCAGUCCUUCUGUCACCUUAGAAACCCAAACAGGGCCACCCAUGAGGUCACCUCUCCCUGUCAGCCCACCCAGAGCCCUUAAGACCCAGACCAUGGUGGAGGGAGUGAGGACAACAUCUGCUAAAUCACUGGGGCUAACCCAGGGCCAGACGGUACCACACGGCCCAGGGAGAGUUCCAGGGCCCAAGGGCCGCAAGCCGCCUCCUUACCCGCACGAUGGGCAGUUUGAUCGGGGGGCAAGUAAAGGCAAGGACCCCAGGAAGGCUCCCCCGUAUCCUGUGAAGAGAAGACUGCUCUCGACCACGGUGUGAGAGGGAGGAGGUUGGAUCAAUGGAGCAACUGCCACAGAGCUGAGGGAGCAGAGGGUGAUUUAAGGCUCGCCAACUUGAGCAGAGUCCACGUUUCCAAGGUGAUGAGAGGUGUCUCGGGGAGACAGUGCCGUCAGGAGGAGAGGUUGAACGGUUCUGUUCUGACGACAGCGUCUGUCUGAGGCUUUGUCCUUGCGAGGGAGGAUGGUCAAGAAGAGGCCUGUGGGAGAGCAGUGUAUGUGCGGCGAUGUACAAAGCCUCCUCGCCUGACAGACUCCUCAGAACAGCGUUUCCCUGUAUGGUGUUUGGGUAAACACUGGUGGGUUGCCAUUGGUUUGUGUGAAGAUGUGGCAAUAAACUGCGUCAUGACUGCAAACAUCAGUUUACAUAGUAGAUCAGAGGGAGAUAUAAAAAACUUAUGGUGGGACGGACACAGCACAGAACGGUUUAGGAACCACUGCCUUAGAACUCUGUGUGCAACUUACAUGUGAUGUGACACUAGUCUGAGAGUUGUUUGUACUCUGAACACAGCAGCAUUCACUUGGGAGAAGAAUACAUGGUUAGAUCUGAAUGCAACAUGGUAACAAUGUACUCUCUGACUGCAAUAUAAUGUUCUCUCAAAUACCUACAGUAACAGUCAAAAGUUUGGACACACCUACUCAU